UAAGACAAACUAGUUCAUAAAAUUAAUUAAGCAAGAAUUAUGAUCUUCUUCCAAUUUUCAUGUCUAAUCUAUCAACAAAUAUCACAAAACAAAAGAAAAAAGAACAGAAAAGCAACUUUGCUUAAUUCUCCUAAUACUGGACCCCACGUAAGAACCCGCCACCCUAUCCCUCCCUCUUUCCGUCUUCUUUCUACCUCCAAUUUUCUUUUCCCUUCUUAAACUUUCCCGGAAAAAAAAUAAAGGAAGGAAAAUCGGAGGGAGGGGGAGAAACUAUGAAGGACACCCACGAAAUUCCGGCAUCCACCACUUCCACUCCUCCUGCACUUUUCUCACCAACCCAACACUCCCAUUCGCCAAUGGCCUGAGAACCCACACAAGCAAGCACGAGCAACAAUAAGAAGAAGGUAGAAACGCAGAAUUAGUUGAACUGAUUGUUCCGCCUGACGUCAAUUUCCGGCGGGAGCGGGAGGGGAGGGUGGGUAUGGGUGCGUCGCUAUCGAACCUGACGGAAGGUGCGAACGGCGCGGCCAUUGGGCCAGGGCUCGGCGACAUUCCGGAGAGCUGCGUGGCCUGCGUCUUCACCUACUUGACGCCGCCGGAGAUUUGCAACCUCGCGCGGCUCAACCACGCGUUCCGCGGCGCGGCGUCGUCGGACUCCGUCUGGGAGAAGAAGCUGCCGAGGAACUACCUGGAUCUGCUCGAUUUGCUGCCUCCCGACCGCCACAGGGACUUGUCGAAGAAGAAGGACAUCUACGCUCUCCUCUCCAGGCCCGUCCCCUUCGACGACGGCAACAAGGAGCUAUGGUUGGACAGAGUUACGGGGAGGGUUUGCGUGUCUAUAUCGGCGAAAGGCAUGGCGAUAACCGGGAUCGAGGAUCGGCGGUAUUGGAAUUGGGUUGCUACUGAAGAAUCCAGGUGAGUUCUUCUGAUUAAAGUUCCUUUCUUUUUUCUGAUUUGCACUCGGUAUUCAUGUGGGUUCGUCUCCUGUGUUUUGCUUCGCGAUGAAGCAAGAAGCAGAUUGUUCCUAUCCUUGAUGUGUUUAUCUUCUUGGGGAGUGGAAAGUUUCACUGAUCAUGGAGGUGCUAUUGGAAAUUGAACUAGUGAUCUGUCUGUUUGCUUGCUGGCUUGCUUCCCUUGGAUCUUCUGUCCUGCCAGAUGGUUCUUCUUAGUAGAAAUGAAUUAUCGAGGAUUCAGUUACUAGUGCUCUUUUCUAGUGUUUGAAUUGAGAUCAUAUCCUACGUGGGAUUGAAGAAGGCCAGCUGCCAUUUGUGUUUGCUCCCAUUGUCACGAGUCAUGACCACUCUUUGGAAACACUCUCUGUGUAUGAACCUUAUCUUCUGCAGCGGCUUUAUUCUCGCAGAUUCCACGUCGUGGCCUAUUUGCAGCAAAUAUGGUGGUUCGAAGUAGACGGGGUUCUAAAGUUCCCUUUCCCUCCUGAUAUCUAUACACUAACCUUCAGGCUCCACCUUGGAAGAUUCGCCAAACGGCUUGGAAGACGCGUAUCUCAUUUCGAUCAAACCCACGGCUGGGAAAUCAAACCAGUUCGGUUCGAGUUGUCCACAUCCGACGGCCAGCAGGCAUCGUCCGAGUGCUGUCUGGACGACACCGAUGAACUCGAUGAAGAGUACGGCAACCACAAGCGUGGCUACUGGAUCGAGUACAAGGUGGGGGAGUUCGUGGUAACCGACUCGGACCCCAUUACCGAGGUUCGGUUCUCUAUGAAACAGAUUGAUUGCACACAUUCCAAAGGUGGGCUAUGUGUAGAUUCUGUAUUUAUUAUACCCAAUGAUCUGAAGGAGCGUAAACGAAAAGGAGUAGUCAAGUAGGGCAAAAAGAAGCAGAAGCAAAAAAGGAUUUGAAUGCUGUUUUAGGUUUGUUGUGGUCUAUACAGCUAUACUGAAAAGUGAAGUCAGUUGAUGAGUUUAGAGGGAUGCCAUCAUAAUUUGUUCCUCGAGUGGGUAAUAUGCCUACUUCGACUACUACUAUCACCUCAUGUAAUGUAUUUUGCUGUGCUGUAUUAACCAAGUUUUGCUGCAUUUUUUUCACACCUCUGCAGAUAGAGUUUUCACGUAUUACUCUAGCGAUGAUCCUUUCUUGAGUUUCUUUC